CCAGCUCUCCCUGCAGGGCCUGGGGCGCCAUCGCCAACAUCAUCACACACACUCCUGCCGCGAAUUUCCGAAUCAUCCCCUGCUCGGCCCCGCGGCGCGCUCGCUGGCCUUCCCGCCGCCACAAGCGGGCUCCCUUGGACUCCUGACUCGCCGGUGGCGCCGCCUUCAAAGGAAGGGGAAAGGCCGCCCUUCCCUCCGCUCUGCGGCCCACCGAUGCGCUUCCUGUCCCGGCUUCCCCGCCUGCCUGCAGUUGACUCAGGGCGAGAGCGAGCGAGGGACCCGCAAGGCGCCUGCCGGCGUCUCCUGCGCCUUUGCGCACAGACUGGAGGCAACCUUUGGAUGCGGCGCCUGCAGGGCCGGCGAGGAUGCCUUUCCUCCGAGGGGCCAGGCGGAUGGCGACGGGCUUGGCGCCGAGGCUGCCCAGCAGAGCGAGCCGGGAGGGUCUCCCGCGGGUGCGGGUUUAUCUGUCCAAAGAGAAGAGCCGCCCGCAGCGCGCCACGUUCCCGCAGAGCAUUGCUGGGCACUUCUGUGCAGCAGAGGAAGACAGCUGGAUGGUGAACUGUGGCUUAGACCAACACCGGUUCCUGAUUUCUGAUAGGGAGUUUCCUGGCUCCAACAGAGUCCUCUUGCAGAGACCAUCCUUCUGUCCCAUCAAGCACCUGAGUGAAGCGCAAGUCGCUUGCCUCCCACUGGAGACCCGGGAAAGAGGUGUGGAUGUGGGCGUGGCCAUCCUCCUACAGUCAGCCAACCAGAAAGUUUUAUUGACACGGCGGUCCAAGCAUCUGAACAUCUUCCCCAACAUUUGGGUCCCUCCAGGUGGCCACAUUGAACCGGAUGAACAGCAUCAUGGAACUGCAGCAUGGCUCAGCCAAGACCGUUGCGAUUCCAACCACGACGUUCCUCAACUCUGCUCCAGCACGGGGAGAAGACGUGGAAAGGGUCAGCACCGGGACAAAGUUUGCCUUGCAGCGCUGGCUGGACACUUUGGCAGAACAAGCUCAGUGAAAGCAGCAAGUCUGCAAUUGCAGGGAAGAAGAGCCAGCUGGCAAGUUGGGCAGGAUUUGGAUCCAACAACCGGAGUUAAACCUUGCUUGGGGAAGGGGAGGCCUGCCUCUCUCUGCCUCCACUUUUCUAGCCUCCCCUUUUGUGUGUGUGUGUGGGGGGGCUUCUCUCAUACUCUUCUUGGGGAAACUUGUGCUUUCAUAUUUGUCAUGCAAUGGCCAAGGAGCAACAAAGCAGAAUUAUUAUUUUAUUCAUAGCCUGCAGUUUUUCAAAUGUACACAUACUUACGUUACAGUGACGGGAAAGCAAACAGUGGCAUCAAGAGGUUUGAAGGGGAGCUGAAUGCAGCUGGUGGUUAUCCUUUUGCAAAAUCCCUUCAAACACUGUCUUUGUACAGAGAAUUCAAGAGGUGGUCCCACAGGGUAGCAAGAAAAUAAAUACAAUCAAUAAGAUUCCUCCAAAUUUCAUGUCAUGAAUUCCAGAAUUUUAUUUCACAUUUUUAUGCGAUUCUCAUUCCAAGGGCUAGCAGCAAAGGGUUCCCUCACAUUCACAUUUUUCCUCACAACAACCCUGAGAGGUAGGAGAGAGGAGGAUUAUGGGUGCAGCCAACCUCUUGGCUGAUGGACGAUUUGCAGCCUGGUCUUCCUGCUCAAAGUCUCAUCUGCUAUCCACUGUACCACAUUGGUCCUUACCAUGCAAUUAGGUACCUCAUGCAAGCCACCCCUGUUGCAUCCGACCAAGGAUUCAUCUAGUCCUGUAUCUGCCAAUGGCCAGUAGGCAUGGGAUAGAGGGUGAAAAAGUCCUCACCUGUUUACCUCCAGCAACUAGUCUUCAGAGAGAGAAGUAGGGCUUGAAACAAAAUAUUCUGGCAUAUCCCCACCCCUUAUGUUAAUGCUGCUCUGGAGAAGAAGAUGGGGGAGGUUGAGGAUGGUGGAAACAACAUUCUUCUAUAUUUGCUCUACUCUGGCCAACAUCUUGCUCCUUCAAGCCAGGGAAUAGUAGCGUCUGACGAGGAGGUCUAAGAUGUUUCCUCCAGGCCUCUCCUUUGGGGCUUCUCCUAGGCCACAGCUCUCACUAGUUAGAAUCAUAGAAUCAUAGAGGUGGAAGGGGCCUUGUAGGCCAUCGAGUCCAACCCCCUGCUCACAGCAGGAAAUCCACAGCUAGAGCAUCUCCCGCAGAUAGCUGUCCAGCCUCUGCUUGAAGACAUCCAGCGAAGGGGAUCCCACCACCUCCCUAGGCAGUCGGUUCCAUUGCUGAACUGCCCUUACUGUCAAGAAGUUCCUUCUAAUGUCCAAUCUGAAUCUACGCUCCUGCAACUUAAAACCAUUAGACCUAGUCCUACCCUCUGGGGCAGCAGAGAACAAAUCUGUACCCUCCUCUAUGUGACAGCCCUUCAGGUACUUAAAGAGUGCAAUCAUGUCACCCCUCAGCCUUCUCUUCACCAGACUGAACAUGCCAAGUUCCUUCAACCUUUCCUCAUAAGACUUGUUCUCCAUACCAGCUAUCAUCCUUGUCGCCCUCUUCUGAACCCGCUCUAACUUGUCUAUAUCUUUCUUAAAAUGAGGCGCCCAGAACUGAACACAGUAUUCCAGAUGAGGCCUGACCAAUGCAGAAUAUAGUGGGACUAUUACUUCCCUCGACCUGGAAACUAUAGCUCUGUUUAUGCAGCCCAAAACCGCGUUUGCCUUUUUUGCCGCAGCAUCACACACAUCAUGUUCAACUUGCGAUCCACUACAAUUCCAAGGUCCUUCUCACACGCACUACUGCUAAGCCGGGUAUUUCCCAUCCUGUACCUGUGCAUUUUGUUUUUGUGGCCUAAAUGCAGAAUCCUGCAUUUGUCUUUAUUGAAUGUCAUUUUAUUAAUUUUAGCCCAAUUUUCUAGUCUAUCCAGGUCCCUUUGGAUUUUAUUCCUGUCUUCCAUUGUGUUAGCUAUCCCUCCCAGUUUCAUAUCAUCCUCAGACUUUUUAAGGCUUCCCUCCACCCCAUCAUCUAAGUCAUUGAUAAAAAUGUUGAAGAGUAUCGGCCCCAGGACAGAACCCUGUGGCACUCCACUUGAGAUCUCCUUCCAGUCCGAAGCAGAGCCACCGACGACCACUCUUUGAGUACGGUUUUCCAACCAGUUGUGAAUCCACCUGACAGUAUUUCCAUGUAGUCCGCAUUUGACGAGUUUGCUAAUCAAAAAGUUGUGGGGGACUUUGUCAAACGCCUUGCUGAAAUCUAGAUAGAUGACAUCUACAGCAUUUCCACCAUCUACUAAGCUAGUGACCCGAUCAAAAAAAGAGAUGAGAUUAGUUUGACAGGAUUUUUUCUUGACAAACCCAUGCUGGCUCCUUCUAAUCACAGCAUUGUCAUCUAGAUAGUUGCCAAUGGACUCUUUUAUUAUCCGUUCUAAUAUCUUUCCUGGUAUUGAAGUCAGACUGACCGGCCUGUAAUUCCCCGGAUCUUCUUUUUUACCCUUUUUAAAGAGCGGGACGACGUUUGCCCAUCUCCAAUCCUCCGGCACCUCUCCCGUUCUCCAGGAUUUCUCAAAGAUGAUGGCAAGAGGUUCCGAGAGUACAUCCGCAAGUUCCUUCAAUACUCUGGGAUGCAGUUCAUCAGGCCCUGGAGAUUUGAACUCAUUUAGGUUAACUAGGUAUUUCCUGACUAUCUCCUUAUCAGUCUUGAACUGCAAUCCUGACCCCUUACUGAGAUUGCUACCGAUGCAAGGUUGCACACUGUUCCCUUUUUGGGAGAAAACGGAGGCAAAACAGGUGUUGAGCAGUUCUGCUUUUUCCUCGUUAUCUGUCAACAUUUUGCCAUCCUCAUUGAGCAGCAGUCCCACCGUUUCCUUGGUCUUUCUCUUGCUUCGAACAUAUCUGAAAAACCCCUUUUUGUUGUUCCUCGCUUCCCUCGCCAGCCUCAGCUCAUUCUGGGUUUUAGCUUUCCUUACGCUAUUCCUGCAAGCCCGAGCCGCUCGUUGGUACUCUUCCUUGGUGAUGCGUCCUUCCUUCCAUUCUUUAUACAUGCUCUUUUUUACUUUUACCUCCUCCACCAGUCUUCCGUGUAGCCACAUUGGCUUUUUCCGAUGUCUUCCAUUUUUCUUCCUCUUUGGAAUUGUUUGCCCUGUUCCUUGCCCUGAGUGAGUGCUUUUGCUGGUUGAAAGGCAGCCUUGAGCUGUGAUAAUAAUGCCUAUGGAUUACCUGGAUGAGGAAUGGAGUGAUGUGUGUGGCUUUUGCAUGGCUGAAAUGUCGGCCUCCUGUACAAAAGGAAGAGUCUGCCCACUCUUGCCUAUGGUGCCGCCUACCACCACUGGCCUAUGGACCUUCAAGGACUUGCCUGAGGGAAUGUGGCCCCCGGGCUGAGAAAAGUCUCCCUAUCCCUGUGGUAGACCAUCCCACCCACCCCUUUUCUUUUUUGUUAAUUGUGGAAACGCCAAGAUUCCUCUUGGCCAGUUCUGGCGUGUGUUUGUUGCAUGUUGUCUUGAUGCAGACCCCAGUUCUAGGGGAGGCCGUCCUAAGGGAGGUCUUGGGAUGCUGGUAUCAACUGCCAUUUGAGUGGUCACUAGUCGACCAGUUUGCUUAGCUCACCUUGCAACCUCCUUGGUAAUCAUGGGUUGGGUUGAUAGCCUAUUGAUAAUAAAUAUUUAUGUGUGUCCCCCCAGCGAUACAAACAACAGACCAAGGGAAAUUGGUCCAAAUUAGAAGAGUAUAUUACUAAAUUGGCUGCUUUGUACCCAGAAUCUUUUGUGAUUGUGGCAGGUGAUCUAAAUGAUAGAAUGGGGCAGAACGACCAUGCGUUAUAUUCCCAUUUGCACAAAUGCUGCCCGAUCAUAAGGCGGCCCAGAUAGCUCUCACUUCACAGUCCAAAGAUAAGGGCUGUAACUAUGCUGCACUUUGUGUAAUGCAAAUGGUUAACAGACUGGAUCUAGUAAUUCUGAAUGGGAAUGUAGAAGGUGACAGUAAUGGUGAAUUUACAUUUCUUUCAGGUUUGAGAGCCUCUGCAAUAGAUGACUGUUACAUAUGAUUUAUUAAAUUUAGUAUCUUGCUGUAAGGUGGGCAAGCAUACUGAGGGUGAGCACCUACCCAUGGUCUUAUUCUUGAAACUAGGAACUUAAAACAUUUAUGCAGACUAUGAACUGAUGCUAAACUCCAAGGCCGAGAUGAGAGCUUCAGGUGUCAUGUGGUCAAAGAAGAUGGGAAACGUUUUAACAGAGUUGCUGUACUUGGAAGGUGGUCUGUGUCAUCAUGAAGUUAUGCUAACAGCAGAUUCCCUAAGAACACUGCUAAUCUUGUUUCAAGAACUGAUUUUCUCUCUACAAAGUUGUUUGAACGUGAAAUCCCAGCAAAACUAAAUUCUAGUAAAUCCAAAUACUGGUUUGAUCGCGAAUGCAUCGGCAUGAAAAAAGCCCCAAUUGAAAAAUAUCAGUUAUAUAGGGAACAAAAUCUCCCAGUGUAUGCCCCCUGAAUGAUUUUAAUUAAAGAGUAGAUAUAAGGCUUUAGUUAAAGUGAAAAAGGAGGCCACAAGAGAGACGUAGCAAAGCUUAAAGCCACGAGAGCAAAUGUUUCUGCAACUUUUUGGAGAGUGGUCUUGAGGGGCCACUUGGAAACAGCAGUUAACAUGGACAGCCAUAUUCCUGUGAACUUUUGGGAAUUACACUUUAGUGCCAUCUAUGUGACGGGGCAAAGUUGUCGCCAGACAUCAAAGGCAAAUACAAAGGUUUCCUGAGUGGCCGCUGGUCAGCUCCUAUGAAGUUAGAAAUCUUAUUUCUAAAUUAAAAGCUGGCAAAGCACUGAGAAGCAGUAACAUCCCACCAGAAUUGCUUAAGGCAAAUAUAGAGUGGUGGGCUCCUAUCCUACCACCAUUAUCGACAUGCAUUGAUCACACAGCAUGCAUCUCAGAGGACUGGCCAUUAUUAUUCCAAUAUAGAAAAAGGAAAAAGUUCAGAUCCUGGAAGUUAUAGACUGAUUAGCUUGCUGAGUAUAAUAAAGUUAAUUAAUUGUUGUAAACCGCCCAGAGCGCUUCGGCUAUGGGGCGGUAUACAAAUGCAAUAAAUAAAUAAAUAAAUAAAUAAA